CACAUCCCGUUAUUAAUAAUUGAAAGCAACUUAUUUUUCAUUAAAACCUGCAUAUUACUUUACAUAUGUUGUUGUGUCUUUAGCUAAGAAUGAAGAAGUUCUUCGAGGACAUCAAGAAGGAUGUAAAAUUCAAGACGGCAGGGCCAGGAAAGAAACUUACAGAAGAGUCAAGCCCCAAAUAUCAGGCCCCACAGGCUGCUCAUUCAGCGCCCAGAAACGCACCCACCGAGGGAGCGCAGAGGGCGGGGGCUGCCGCCCUGGCCAGGAUGGAGCAACAGCACCGGCCGAAAGUGCAAACAUCACAGGAUGUAAUAAGGAACCAAGUAAGGCGGGAGCUUGAAGCAGAGGCAGCUGCCACAGCGGCUGGUCAAAAGGAUGCAGAUGUCAAGGGCACCAGUGUUCCACAGAAGGACCCGUCUUGUUUCUCCGUGUCAGGAGUGUAUUUCAUCUGUCCUCUCACUGGAAAAACCUUAACAAAGAGCGAGAGAGAGUCACACAUCAAGGAGGCCAUUCUGAUGCGGUUUUCAGAGGAUGCAAUGGAGGCCUCCAUUAUGAUGGUUCACACUUUUAAUAAAGAGAGAGAGAAAGUAAAGGCUGCCAUGGACAUCAUCUGCAAGUACAUUGAUAACAUUUGUAAGAAUCCAACUGAGGAAAAGUAUCGGAAGCUCAAAGUCAGCAACAAAGUGUUUCAGGAGAAGGUUAGCGGAAUUGACGGAACUCGGGAGUACCUGCAGGCCUUGGGGUUUGAGAGUACCAUGCUGCCAGUAGAUGGUGAAGAAAGGACAGAGGAGUACUUGGUAUUGCCGCAGCAGGAAUCCGAGGCUCUGGAGGUUCUGAAGGUUCAUUUGGCGUGUCUGCAGAAUGGGGAGCCAAUCAGAGCAAAGCUGGACCGUCAGCCACAGGUCUUCAGACCCUCUCAGCAUGCAACUCACUUUGAGCUGCCCCCCGACUUCUUCAAUCUGACCACAGAGGAACUGAAGAAAGAACAGCAAAUUAAGAGUGAAAUGGUGGAGAGAAACGCAAUGCUGCGAACAAAAGCCAUGCGAGAGAAAGACGAGCAGAGAGAGAGAAGAAAAUACAACUACGCCCUUCUGAGAGUGCGGUUACCAGAUGGAAAUAUACUCCAGGGCACAUUCCUGGCAUGGGAGAGGGUGGCAGCAGUGUACCAGUUUGUGCGUGAUUCACUGGAGAAUGGCUGGCAGCCCUUUGAGCUGGUUGCACCUGGUGGACAAAAGCUGAAAGAUGAUAAUGAGGUAGCCCUGAAUGAGUUUAGCCUGGCUCCAGCAGCUCUGUUGACCUUCUUGUGGGACGCUGCUGUGCAGACUGAUAUUGCUGCUGCAGGAGGAAACACUAUGGUUUUGCUUAAACCAGCACUAUUAGAGAACAUUAAGAUCUUGAGCUGAAUAGUUAGUGUUGCGAUCCCUGCCUGCAUUCUCUUGCCACUCUUAACGAGUUCCUCUCCCAUUGUCUACCCACCCAUUUCUAGAGAUCCCAACACUGUUUCACAAGAUGAGCCUGAUGCAUUGGUUGCAUCCACAGCAUAAAUUAGGUGGAUUUAAAUGGUGCUAUAAAACUGCAGGAUCAGAAACAUCCAAGUAUUUUUUAUUUGAUGUGGGUAAAUCAGUGGUGUUAUUGGGAGUGCUAGCUAGCGCAGUGUUCAAAUUAUUAGUCAUCCUAUGAUAAUGCUUUGUUGUUUCAUGACUGGCUGCCUUACAGGAGGUCAAGACUGGAAAUGCUCAGUUUCUGUCUCCAAUGAAUUGGCAUGCGUUCAAAUGUGAAACCGUUGUAUUGUAGCAAUUUAACUUUAACUACUGCUGAGGGGACAAAAAAAAAGUAAUGUCCCAUAAAAUCGACAACAGAAGCACUGUGUUUGAAAUUAAUCUAACAUGAGCACUACCAAUUGUCUUCUGUAUUGUAUUAUGAAUCUUUGUUUUCUGCUUAGAGAUGAACGUACACGAAUGUUAUGCCAAUUAAGUUGGACAAAAGCUCCAAUAAAUGUCCACUUUUUCAACUGUUACAAUACCAAUUAAUUGGCCUGUAAAGUUAACACAAAAUAUAAUGGCCACAGAUUUGGAUGUCUAAUAACUAGUUUGUCAAGUGUUCCUUUAUUACACUGUGCUAUAUUGUUAAAAAUUGCUGUAUUUUACAUUCAGAAUUGUAGUUCCAAAUGUUGUAUUUUGUUGGUUUUGACAUAAUGUAUGAAAUAAAAAGCAUUGUCAGAUGAAAUGAAAUCACAACAAAACAGCUUCAGCU